UGUAAAAUCUGAAGCGGAUGACAAUGUUAAGGAUCAGAAUAUGGAUGACCGCAGAGAUGAUUGUAUGAUAGUAAACAAUGAUGAAUUUAUUUCUAGUGAUGAAAUAACAGCUGAUUUUGAUGGUCAAAGUGACAAUCAUUCAAAUUGCGAAGAGGAAAAAGAAAAAAGUUGUGAGCUGUUAUUGAUAAUGAAAAUUUUGCAUUUUCUAUUAGCAUUACAAUCUUUAUUUUAUAUUUCGGAAGCCGCUGUAGCAUACGUUGCAUCAAAUUUGGCUGAUAUACUAGAAUGGAUAAUCGAUCACGGUGACAUUCCAGUAGAUGACGAGAAAUUUAUAAAUGUCAGAUGGAGUUGUCUACCUUUCCUCAAUAAUUUAUCUCAGUUUUUAAAAUUACCUGAAGUUCAAGACGAUUUGAAUCGAGCAAUAACCUCAACGUAUCCUGUGAUGACAGAUGUGUCUGAUGGUAGUUUUGCGCGUUCGCAUCCGGCAUUUAAAGAUCAUAACUUUCUUAAAAUAGAGCUCAAUUCAGAUGAUUUGAAUAUCACAAAUGCGGUUUCACAUAAAGUACACAAAGUAUUUUUCAUUUAUUGGACGUUGUUAAAUCUAAAACGAGAUCACCGAUCCCGACAAGUAUCGAAACGUCUAAUAGCUGCCUGUGAUUCAUCAGCACUUAAAUACGGUUUAUUAGACCAAGUUCUAGCUGAUUUUCUCCAGAGCAUAACAAAAUUAUGUCGAGAUGGUAUUCGUGUUAUGAUAGAAGGAAAAGAAAAAUAUUAUCGUGGUGAGUAUUUCUUCUAUCUGGAGUUCUCGUCCUUGACGAAACUUCCACGGCUGCUCAACGCGAAUCUUCUAGGCGCAUUAUUUUUCACAAUUGGUGAUUAUCCAGCUCAACAAGCUAUCCAUGGUAAAAAAGAAUCUGUAUCAGCGUCAAGAUUUUGUCCAUGUUGUGAUGUUAUGAGUGAUAACUAUAUUGACAGUAUAGAUCAAAUGCCCACUCAUUAUGCAGCUGAACAGUACGACGAUGCAUGCAAAACUAUCGAACAGAUGAAUGAUGGGUGCAGCAACAGUUUGCUGGAGUUUUGGCAAAAGCUCUACGGUAUAAACAAAAGAAGAUUACCAUUAGAUGCUAUGCAGGUGUAUUAUCUAUACAUUAAUCUUCCACAUAUUCUUCGCACUUUGUUAUUUAAUUCUAAAUUUGAGCAUUAUGAUGCGAUUUUAUUGUUAGUGGAUAUUGUUAGUUUAUGUUAUGCGUCAGAAGUUGAUGAAAUAUCGGUCAGACAACUUGAAGGUGUUAUUUUGCAUCAUAAUCAUUUAGUCAGAAAACUUUAUCCAAACACUCUCAAACAAAAGUAUCAUUUUUUAUUGCAUUUACCUCGUCAAAUGGCACUUUUUGGUCCGUUAAAGUACACGCAAUGCCUUGCAUCGGAAAGAAAACAUCAGUUUUUCAAAGGAAAUAAACAUCGUAAUUUCAAGAAUUUACCAAAAACGUGCACAAAACGACACCAAGUUUGGCAAUGUGUUACUGAUUACAAUGCUGAUGGUUCCUCUUCAUCAAAUAUUCUCAAAAACAAAACAAUUCUUCAUCGUGUCAGCCCGUUGUCACAAGAUUUAAAAACAAAUGUUGAAUCAUGGGAGUUACCGUUUACACCAACACAUUUGGCUGAAAUAAUUAAAAUUAAUGGAACAUCGUACUCGAUCGGAACCAUUUUAUGUACAUCAAACACAUAUUUAUCAGAUAAACCAGAGUUUGCUGAAAUUAUACAAAUUUUCGUUUAUCAUGGUGAAUCGAUAUUUGGUCUACGAUUCCUCAAAAUUGUGAAUUACGAUGCGGGAGUUAG